AUGGCUAUGGCAUUAGGAGUUGAGCAUAAUUUGCAACUUAAGGUUGAUCGGGAUUCCCAAGCUUACCAGAUUGAUCAAGUUGACCAGGAUUGUUGGAAUUAUCGCGCUGAUCAGGAUUUUCGGGCUGAUCAAGAUUUUUGGGCUGAUCAGGGCUACUGGACUGACGAGGAUUACCUGGCUGAUCGAGAUUUCUUGAUUGACCGGGAUUUCCUAUCUGAUCGAGAUUUCCUGACUGACCGGGAUUUCCUAGCUGACCGAGAUUUCCUGACUGAUCGGGAUUUCCCGGCUGAGUGGGAUAACCAGGCUGACCGGAAUUACCUGGCUGACCGGGAUUACCUGGCUGAUCGGGAUAACCUGGCUGAUCGGGAUAACCUGACUGACCCAGAUUACCGGGCUGACUGGGAUUGUCAGGCUGACCGAGCUGACUGGGAUUGUCAGGCUGACCGAGCUGACUGGGAUUGUCAGGCUGACCAGGCUGAAUGGGAUUACUUGGCUGACCACGAUUACCGGGCUGACCGGGAUUGCCGGGCUGACCGGGCUGAAUGGGAUUACCUGGCUGAGCGGGAUUACCGGGUUGAUCGGGAUACCCUGGCUGACCGGGAUAACCUGGUUGACCAGGAUAUCUUGGCUGACCGGGAUUUCCUGGCUGAUCGGGAUAAAUUGGAUAACUUGGCUGAUCAGGAUUUCCUUGUUGAUCGGGAUAACCUGGAUGAUCGGGAUAACUUGGUUGAUUGGGAUUUUCUGGCUGACCUGGAUAACCUGGUUGACCGAGAUUUUCAAGCUGACCGAGAUUACCUGGCUGAUAAGGAUUUCCUUGCUGACCCAAAUUAG